UUUAGCCGUUUGUGGUGGCCAUCUGUGGGAAACUAAGAUCCAAGAGAUUUGUAAUUUUGUAGGAAAAUUAAGAAAUCACAGCAAGUCUUUUUUUUUUAGCCGUGUUUGAGCGUGUCUAUCAGCUGAUUUCUUGGAAAAACGCUAACCUUUUACCAAGUUCCAAGUUCAUAAUUUAAUAUUAUAAAUUCAAAUUCACUGUGUCUUACAAACUACAACAUUACCUAUUUUAAUAUAAUAAUUUAGCUAGGACUACGUGACUUCGCAGCCGAACACCAUGGCAGCAUCCAGCAAUCCGUAUGACAAACUACUGAAGACCCUGAGCAUCAAUGGGAAAUCCUUUAAAUAUUAUGAUAUUGGUUUACUUGGUGAUAAAUAUGAGCGUCUACCCUUCAGCAUCAGGGUACUCCUGGAGUCGUGCGUGAGGAACUGCGAUAACUUCCAGGUGCUGGAGAAGGAUGUGAACAAUGUCCUCAACUGGGAAUCGAACCAGAACGUCGAUGGCGGUGUGGAGAUAGCGUUCAAACCAGCCCGCGUCAUAUUACAGGAUCUGACCGGAGUACCAGCGGUGGUGGACUUCGCAGCGAUGCGCGACGCGGUCAAGACCCUGGGCGGUGACCCGGACAAGAUCAACCCCAUCUGUCCGGCCGACCUGGUCAUAGACCAUUCCGUGCAAGUUGAUUUUGCUAGAGUACCUGACGCGUUGGCCAAAAACCAGGAGUUGGAAUUUGAGAGGAACAAAGAGAGAUUCCAGUUUUUGAAGUGGGGUGCUCAGGCGUUUGACAAUAUGUUGAUAGUGCCGCCGGGGUCGGGAAUAGUGCAUCAGGUGAAUCUGGAAUACUUGGCCCGCGUGGUGUUCACCGGUGAUGUCCUCCACCCGGACUCUGUGGUGGGGACGGACAGUCACACCACCAUGAUCAAUGGUUUGGGGGUGGUUGGGUGGGGUGUUGGAGGUAUAGAAGCAGAAGCGGUGAUGCUCGGCCAAGCUAUAAGCAUGCUGCUGCCCAAAGUAGUGGGGUACAAGUUGGUGGGGGAGUUGGAUCCCCUCACCACCUCCACUGACUUGGUGCUGACCAUCACCAAGCACCUCCGCUCGCUUGGCGUGGUGGGUAAAUUCGUGGAGUUCUUCGGCCCAGGCGUGGGCGCGCUCAGCAUCGCGGACAGAGCCACGGUCGCCAACAUGUGUCCUGAGUUCGGGGCUACGGUGGCACACUUCCCCGUCGACGAGCGCUCGCUGCAGUACUUGAGCCAGACCAACCGAUCCCCGGAUAAGAUUAAGAUCAUAGAGGAGUACCUCCGAGCUACCAAGCAGUUCAGAGACUACAGCAACCCAGCCCAGGAUCCUGUUUUCUCAGAGGUGGUGGAGCUGGACCUGUCGACCGUGGUGACGUCAGUAAGUGGACCCAAGAGACCGCAGGACCGGGUGUCAGUCGCCGUCAUGAAGAAGGACUUCCAAGAGUGCCUCACCAACAAGGUGGGCUUCAAAGGCUACGGGCUGUCACCAGCCCAGCUGCAGGCUUCCGGCAGCUUCUCGUUCAGCGACGGGAAGUCGUACAGCAUCACCCACGGCUCCGUCAUCAUCGCCGCCAUCACCAGCUGCACCAACACGUCCAACCCCAGCGUCAUGCUGGGCGCCGGUCUCCUGGCCAAGAAGGCGGUGGAAAAUGGUCUCUCUGUACUUCCUUACAUCAAGACAUCUCUUUCACCCGGAUCUGGAGUGGUCACUUAUUACUUGAGGGAAUCUGGAGUGGUGCCGUACCUGGAGAAGCUUGGCUUUGACAUCGUGGGCUACGGCUGCAUGACCUGCAUAGGGAACUCCGGGCCCAUAGACGAUAACAUCGCCAACACUAUAGAGAAGAACGAGCUGGUCUGCUGCGGAGUUCUGUCAGGGAACAGGAACUUCGAGGGUAGAAUCCACCCCAACACCAGAGCCAACUACCUGGCGUCGCCUCUGCUGGUCAUCGCGUACGCGCUCGCCGGCACCGUGGACAUCGACUUUGAGAAACAGCCCUUGGGCACUCGCGCGGACGGCUCGGGCGUGUUCCUGCGCGACAUCUGGCCCACCAGAGCGGAGAUACAGGAGGUGGAGAACAAACAUGUCAUCCCCGGGAUGUUCAAAGAGGUAUACGCGAGGAUAGAAGAAGGAUCCCCCUCGUGGCAAGCUCUGGACGUGCCACAAGGCAAGCUGUACGGCUGGGACCCCAACUCCACAUACAUCAAGAGACCGCCAUUCUUCGACGGCAUGACCAAGGAUCUGCCAGCAAUCCGCAGUAUAGAGAACGCGCGUUGUCUCCUCCUGUUGGGUGAUUCGGUGACCACUGACCACAUCUCCCCCGCCGGCUCCAUCGCCAGAAACUCCCCCGCCGCCAGGUUCCUCGCUGACAGGGGGUUGACACCGCGCGAGUUCAACUCGUACGGCUCGCGGCGCGGCAACGACGCGAUCAUGUCCCGCGGCACGUUCGCGAACAUUCGCCUCGUCAACAAGAUGGCGCCCUCCCCCGGCCCGCGCACAGCACACCAGCCCUCGCAGCAGGUCAUGGACAUAUUCGACGCGGCCGACCGGUACGCAAAAGAGAACGUGCCUUUAAUAGCUAUAGUGGGCAAAGACUACGGCUCGGGCUCCAGCAGGGACUGGGCCGCUAAGGGACCCUUCCUAUUGGGUAUCAAAGCGGUGAUAGCGGAGUCCUUCGAGCGCAUCCACCGCUCCAACCUGGUGGGGAUGGGCAUCAUGCCGCUGCAGUUCCUGCCGGGAGUCAACGCGGAGUCGCUCGGCCUCACCGGCUCCGAGGUGUUCUCCAUCCGAGUGCCGGAGGACGUGGCGCCGCAGCACCUGCUCACUGUGCAGGUGGACAACGGAAAAUCAUUCCAAGUCAAAGUCCGCUUUGACACCGAAGUCGAUUUGACGUACUUCAAAAAUGGUGGCAUCCUCAACUAUAUGAUUAGGAAGAUGUUGUAAAUACAUUGUAACAUUUUGAGUAGAUUUUUAACUUUUUAUUUAAAGAUAUUCAAAAUUUGUACAAUGAUUGUUUAUUUUUUAUUUUUUAACAAGCUUUUACAUGCUGUUUGCAAUUGUUUCCUUUAUAUACAUUUACAUUUGGUACUUAUAUUUGAUUGUAAAUUAUGAAAUAACACACUGCAUUUUAUAAAACGAACGAAGUGAGCAAAGCUGUAUAAAAGCUUGUUUGAAAAUUAAAAUUUUAUUAUAUGGAUUUUAGGGGUGUAUUUAUAAAAUAUAGGUUGUAUUUGUAUAUGUUAUGGGUUAGCAAUAAAUACUAUUCACAAAAUUCCCUGUAUUGAUAUAAAAAUAUAUGGAUUAAAUGGAGGUUAUGUCUUAGUGGUUGGGGUAAACAAAUAAAUUAACUUUCACAACACUGCUGUAUGCGAUGUGAACAAAAAUAUUUUUAUUUUCUGGUUUAAGUUUCUUUUUUAGUUUAAAUAGGUACAAAAAUUAGGUAAAUUCUAGGUUCUUACAACUUCUUGUAUGGCAAAUAAUUAAUCAAUGCUCAGAACAUGCAUACUUGUUUUUUUUUAUCUCAAGGGAUCUAACUUUUAGAUAAAAAAACUCACGUUAUUCAAAAAUAUUUCGAAUGUACAUACACUUUGUAGUUUAUACGUGUUUUUUUUUAAUAUUUUCCUAUGCUGCUCGAAAAAUUGAUUCGAAUUUCAUUUCAAAAGUGCAAACUUUUUCCUUUAAUAUUUUUUUAUACAUAUACUAAACGCAAAGUGGUUUGUUUACAAUUUACUUAUUUUGUUUCUUUGUUAAAAAUACAAUAGAUAGAGAAAUAAAUACAUGAUGUUGUCAGUCAAAAGAUAUUUGGUUUUGACUUCACAACUUAUAAUGAACCGUUUUGUACUCACAUUACCUAUAAAUUAUAUUUCUUUAAUAAAAGCAAUAGAGUCUAGAGAGAGCUAAUGGAAGAUAGAUGUUAAAAUUUGGCUAAUGAAUGUAGAGACUGAAAUCGUCCGCCAAAUUAAUUAAUUCCAGUGGCGAAGGAUGGCAUUUUGACGAAGAUAAGCCGUCCCAAAUAAAAGGAAUUUCAUACCGCUGGACAGAAAGUCCUGUUACUCAUACAUCCAUACAUUUAUAUUCACAAUGUAUGGAUUUUUAAAAGGUAACCCGUCGGGAAUCAGCCUGAAUGGAUUCUUCGCCGCUGGUAAAUUCUCAAAAUUAUAGUGCAAAUAUUGGAAUAACUGAGUUCAAUACUUAAAGUAUAUGUAGUAAUGUAUUCACAAACAAUUAUGAUAACGCAUGUUUUUAUGAUUUGUUUAAAUUAGGCGGGCGUUUUCAGUCUGCUUUCAUAAGCCAAACUUUAACAUCUAUUUGACAAUUGUCAAACUUAUUUAGACAGUGGUUGUGCCUAAAGAAAACGGCAAGCAUUUUGACACCUAUUAUCGCUUUGUGUUGUUUCUUUAUACAGUCCACGCAUAAGUUGGUCUCUUUUUUGAGAGAAUGCGAUGGAUUUUAUUUAUUCGUCUAUUCACUUUUCUGUCUACGAUUCAUAUAAAAUACCAUAAAGAAGAUGGUCCAAAAUUAUAUGGAGCCCAGGAUCAGUCAUUGUAUCCUGGCGGAAAUAAAAGAAAAUAGUUUUAUUAACUAUUUUUUAAUAUAGAAAUCUACAAAUUUACUUUUUAUUUUUUUAAAUUUAUUCUUUCGUAAUAAUAUUCAUUAUCCCCCAAGAAUUGCAACAUUAAUAUGAGUAACAAUGGCGGAUUGAUGACGUUUUCAACUUAAUAGUCAUUUUGACGUUUGCGGUCAAAUGUCAUAAUUGUUUUAUGGGCGCCAUCUUGAUAUAACUCAAAAACUUGGGUUUUAAUUUUAUUUAUUUCAUUUUAUUUAGUUACAUUUAUUCACUUAUUUAUAUUUUACAAAUACCUUGUAUUUUUUGAAUUUUAAUGAUACGGGGUACAAGAGUGGACCUAAAAUGGACCAUCUCCUUUAAAAUACAAUAGCACAUAGUAAAGUUGAAAAUGAAAUACCAGAUAAUAAUUUACAUAACUUUAGGGUUUCUGUAAACUUAUAUUUAUUUUAUAGUCUGUGCUUUGCUGUUCCAUUUUUUGCAAUGUUUUACAAAAACUUAGUAUAAGAAUUUAUACCAUGUGACUUAUUUAAAUAAAAAUAUAUUUUGUUACAA